AUGACAGGUGUAAAUGAUAAGUCGGACUUUAACAAACAAGCAAUCAAAACGGAUCCUGAUGGUCAAACAAGAAUUAUAAAGAAAAGAAAUCGACCUUCCUUAGUAUGCUUCCCCUGUCGAAAGAAGAAAAUCAAAUGUGAUAAAGGUAAACCAUGUUCAACUUGCGUCAAGAAUGAUAUAGUUAAUGAAUGUACAUAUGAUGAAAGAUUAACCAAUAAACAAAAUGGAAAUGAGAAGGUUGAUGAACCAGAGAGUAAAAAGAGAAAAAAACAAAGUUCAGAAUUAACCAAGAAAGAAUCAAAAGAAAUUAUAGAUUCUUCAAAAGAUGUAUGUGUCUUGAUACGGAAAUCUGAAUUAGAACAAUUACAAGCUUCUUUAAAACAUUAUGAAUUACAAGCUAGUCUGAAAGUGACUAAAUCAAAUUCAAAUACUAUUGAAACUGACUCAGAUCAAGAUGAUGACGUGGUAUACAACAAAUCAGUCAAUUCUUACAGAAAUGUAAUAUUUAGUUAUCAUGAUGAAUCAAGACCCGGUUUUAUUCCCGUUGAAAAUGUUACUAAAGAUAAGUCAUCAUCUAAAUUAAGUGAAAAAUUAUCAGUUACAAGUAAAAUUCAUAUUAGUGAACUAUCCAAGAAAGAUAAAUUUUUAAUUGGAAUAAAUCCUUAUAAUAGCAGCGAUGAUACCAUCAGUUUUUAUACAAUCCUUUAUCAAAAUUCAAAUCAAUUUCAAAAUACAAAUUUUUAUCCAAUGUCAUGGAAUUCCAUAAUACGAAAUUCCUCAUCUUUAAUUGCAUUACGGAAAUUUGCUGAAUCUCAAAAAGAAGAUAAAAGUAUAAAAGUUGGAAUAACUUAUGAUCCAUUAAAGAAAUUAAUGUUACCUAAAGAUGAAUCAGUUAAACAUGCAUUAUAUUUAGAUGAUGCAUUACAUGAAAAAUUUGAAGAAAAAGAUGAACAAGAACAAGAACAGUUGAAAAAGAAGAGAAAGGUUAAUUUCACUACAUUUGCAUUAGGUUUAAGUAUGUUGACAGGACCAAAAGAGAGAGAAAGUGAUUUGAUAGAACAAAUUAAAUCAGUCAUGCCGGUUCAAAAAUGUGUGUGGUUAUUAAUUAGAAGAUAUUUGACGUUGCUUUAUCCAUUGAUGCCUUUUCUUAUUGAACAGCAAUUUAUUAAUAAAAUUGAGAGAAUAAUAGGGAAGGAAAAUUAUGCAGAAGAGAAACCGGUUCUUAAAAUUGAGAAUCAAAUUGAUUUUGCUUAUAUCAGUAUAUUGUUUGUUAUUCUAAGAUUAUCCUAUUUGAGUUUAUUCCACAACAGAGGUUUUUAUAAUGAAAAAAUAUUAACAGGGACCAAUUUGACGGUUGAUGAACAAGAAAAGAAAUAUUUAUUAAUUAAUCCAAUUAACAUUUAUACUAUUGAAAUAGCUCAAGCUUGUUUAUUGCAUCUUGAAAAAAGAGGUAAGAUUAGUUUUCCAAUUUUACAAGCAUCAGUUUAUUUAAGAUUAUAUAAAGUUUAUGGUCCAGAAGAAGGUGAUGGUUUAGAUGGAGGUAAUUCACAAUUGCAUAUUAGUCAAAUUAUAUCAAUGGCUUAUAUGUUGGGACUUAAUAAAGACCCAGAUACUACAAAUGUAUUACAAGAUGAGAGGGAGAAAACAUUGUAUAGGAAGAUGUGGUAUUAUUGUUUAAUUAUGGAGUAUAAUCAGUCUUAUAUUUAUGGAAAUCCCUGCUUAAUAAAACCUGAUAGUUAUGAUACAAAAAGACCUUAUUUUACCCCUGAAAACUCCAAUUUGAUAGAUAAAGAAGCCGAUAAAGCUUCUUAUGCUUUAUUUGCAUUUGGUUCUGCAUUAAUUAAUGGUCCAAUAAAUAAUUUGUUAGGGUUAUAUGAAAAAGUUGGUCAGUCGAUAAAAUUGAUGGAUUUAACAAAUCAUCUCAAUCAUUUGGAACAAGGAGCUACGAAAUUAGUAGGUAAAAUGGAAGAUUAUAUUUAUCGAUUGGAAGAAGAGGAUAGAAGUUACCAUACGAAUAAAAUUAUGAAAAUUGGAAUUUUAUUAAGAAUGGAUAUUUUAAUGAUUUCAAAUUAUUGUUAUUUGUUUAAUUAUUACGAACUGAAAAAUCCUAAAUUAAGCUUUUUUUAUUUAAAAAAGUUAUUAGCUUUAACAAUGAAUGGAAUGUUACCAUUUAUCUUCCCGUUAAUUAGUCGUUCUCAAGAAUUAUUUGGUGAAGGUGCUGAUUUAUAUAUCAAUCCAUCUUUAAUGUUGUCACUUUCUAGAAUAAGUGAUAUUGCUUUAAUUGCAAUGCUGAGAUCAAAUUUUUCACUUUAUAAAAUGUCAAAUAACCCAAAUCAUAAAACCAAAUUGAAGGAUGAAAAUUAUAAAAAAUUAUUUAACUCAUUGAAUAAAUUUAUCAUGGAAAUGGAAAAAUGUUGUAGAAUUUGUUUAACAGCAACAAGUCUAUUAAGUAGUAGAUAUUAUUUUGCUUGGGGAAUAGUUAAAAGUCAAAAUUAUUAUUUAAAAUUAAUUCAUAAUCCAACUUUUUAUAAACAAUACGCUACUAAUGAUUUACAUUUUAAAAGACCAAAUUGUGAACAAGUAACUGAAGUAACUGAUAUUAUAACUAAUGGAUUAGAAAAAUUACAGACUUUAGUUAGCAAAUAUUGUACUGAUGUUGAUAUACUAUCAUUAUUUAGAAAAGGUGAAAAUGAUCAUUCAUCUUCUUCAAAUGUACCAAUUACUACAUCUCAAUCAAUGGUAACUCCACCUAAUUUAUCAAAUGAUCUUACUUUUAAUAGUUCUACUUCAAGUAUCCAUAAUCAUACUCCUUUAAAUGGUUUAUAUUUUACUGGUUUUGAAGAUUUACAAUUUGAUAAUUCUGCAGAGAUUGAUUCAAUUUGGUUACAAAUGUUAAAUUCAAAGAUCGACAAUCAAGGUAAUUCACAAGGAUUAAUUGAUAAUUUUCAAGAACAACAACAACUUGAUCUGAUAUUAGGUUAUCCAUUACCAAAUCAAUUUUAUGAAACUAUAAAUUUGGAAAAUGCUCAUAAUCAAAAUGAUUUUACAAAUAAACCAAAAAGCUUUAAUGAAAAUAUGUUUGAUGAUUUACGAUUUUAA